AUGGGGUCGUCCUCUGCAGCUGCAGUUGCAGGCACAAUAUUUUCGGCGAUGAAAAGGCUCUUUAAGCUCGACAAAGUCACUGGAGGAGCGAGCGUGGAGCUGUGGGUGGUGAUCACUGCGCUGCUACUGGUGAUUCGGUUCCUCAUCGAGUCCUCCGGCGCGCGAGUCUACACCAGCAGGUUCACGACGGCCACCGUCCAGGUCCUCUCCCUGCUCAACUACAACAUGGUGCACUACACCAUUGGGCAGAUGCAGCUAUCGGCGGCGCGGGUGAACGACUACUUCCAGGUGUGGGCGGUGCUCCUGGCCACCCUGCAGUGCAGCGUCAAUGUCGGGCGUCCGUACAGCAGGUCCAAGCAGAUCCCUUUGCUUGACAUCAUGUCGUCGUUGUGGGCGGCCAAUCUCCUCCGCGUGCAGACCGUCUCCCAUCUCAAGAUCCCUCUGUGGUUGAUCUGGGCACUCAAUGUAGCCCCGGUGCUCUCCUAUUUCUUCUCCUCCGACAAAAGGCAGCCGAAGAGAAUCAAGGCAACACGAGGCUCGUCACAGAUCGACUACAUGAGCUACAGGGUUCAGCUCAGCCCAGGACACAAAGACCUCGUCACCGUGGAGAAGAUAUGGGUCGUCGGCGGAGACGGCGGCGAGAGUAGUUUGCUGGGCAAGACCGGAGACGCCAAGAACCGACUGAAAGAUGCAUGUCUCUCGUUUGCCCUUCACAAGCUGCUUCGUCGCCAGUUCUACGACCUCCCCAUACACGAGGACACGGUGGUAGCAGCUCGAGAUAAGAAGAGGCGGCUUGUCUUUGAGUACCUCGUGGAGAACACGGAGAAAUACGAGAGGGCAUUCCGUGUCACUGAGGUAGAACUGUCCUUCCUCCGGGACACAUUCUACAACAGGCAUGCCGCUGCAAUCUUCGCCGGUGGGUUCCCGUUCCUGAGGAUGAUUCUGUCUCUGUCGCUGAUUCUGGCCGUCGGGUACAUCGCGUACCCUGUUGGUGAUAUACCCCAGAGAAUUGAUCCCAGUGACAAGAACCGCAUCGUCAUGGAGUGUUUGCCUCCCGAUUGUUCAUUGCCCUCAUUGUUGCCAAAGAGCUGUAAAUGGAAACGUCGGAUCCGUCAGUACAAUCUCUUGAUUUCAGCUCGCAAUACAUGGGGGAAUACUUCGACAGUCAAGCUGAGGGCAGAGGUACAGAAGGCUAUAUUUGAUCCAUUCAAGCUGCUGCAGCAAGAUGAGCAGAGGUUGGAGAACUACUUCGAAAAUGCCUUCGGAUCAAAUCAACACCUUUGCAGUAACCUGGCGUGUACAUGCGAACUGGAGGCUGACACCCACAGAAUACUGCUCUGGCAUAUUGCGACAGGCGUCUGUGAGAUUAAACUCACGGAUGAUGCCAGGCAGCGUCAGGUUUACUGGAUGCGAUCAAAGCCACUGAUCAAGGAGUCGAAACUUUCCAGAGAUUUGUGGGAAAAUUACAUAACGGCCGUCAGCAUAUCCAACUACUGUGCGUCUCUGCUUAUCCAGAGGAUGGUACCAGAGAAUGGCCUUGUUGCUGACCGAGUAUUCAACGAGGUACGCUGGGAAACAAAAUGUGCUAUCUUUUCGGCUGAUCGGCAUGUAAGCUUGCAAACAAUCUAUGAUAAACUCGUGGAGAUCGCUGCUGCCAAACACAAAACACAAAGGCCUGGCGAAGGCGAAGCCCGGCCUGUGGAUGAAAACCAGCAACAAGACGGUGCUGUUCAGAUAGCCACUGAGGAGCAAAUGUUCCAAGCAGAUGGGGUUAUUGAUCAAGAUCCUGAGGAAGGCAACAAUGGUGACAACUUUAGAGUCGUCGACGAGGAACCCCACAAUGAAGAGCCUAACAAUGGCGGACCCAAUGGAGACAACGAUCGCUUUGACAACACCAUAGUUAAGAUGGCUUCAAAGCUCGGUAGCACCAGGAAGGCCUCUGGAGGGACCUGGCGAAAUUUUGGACGGGAUUCCUCCUGCGCUUGGUAG